UUUGUACUAGCUAAUAUAUAUUUUUUUAUGCAAUUGUAUUUCAAGUCAAGCACUCUGUCAGUCUUUGGUAGCGUGCGUGGAACUUGCUUGACGCCUCAAAAUCCAAAAUGACAUGGCGAACAUAAUGAGAUGGUACCAUCUUUCAGGCCUAAAACAAGAGCGCGGGUGAGGUUGCAGACGGGUGGUAAACAAUCGUUUUAUAGUUCCUGCUUGCACAUUAUUUUUAAGAAUAAGUGAUCCUGAAGAGUCUUCCCAGUUCAGGCACGCUGGAAGACAACAUACCCAAUGGAUCCAAAGAGGUACAGUCGGCGGUUGCAGUAUGGAGAAGCUAGUGGGGGUUGGGAGGAGUAUGGUGCCUCUGAUACGAGCUACAUCCUGGAUCCAUCAUCCAGAGAGUGCAGCAAAGGCUCAUUGAGGGGUAGCGGUGCUCCCUUCUCCCCAGACACAGAUGGGGGCGUUGAUGGAGAUCCUGUGCAGCCCAGUGUGGACCUGGAACUCGCUCGUAAGAAGAAGGAGCUGGAGGUCAUAGAGGAACAGAUAGCUCGCAAGAAAGCUGUUCUUGCUAUGCGAGAGCUUAAACACAGCGCUAAGGACAUGCCUAAAUCACAGAUUGCGUCCACAACAGCGACGGGCAUGUCUAAACAGACCAAGAUGAACAAUACAAUAAUCAAAACAUAUAACAAUGUCGCGGACAAGUCGUCACGCAUACCUCUUAAACGGAGGGUGCUGGACAUUGUGAGUAAGCUCAGAAGAACACCAGUAUGUUACCUACUUCGUAAGGAUACCCCUGCCAAGGUGAAGAAACAAAACAAGAUGCGAGCAUUGGAGCUGAUGAUUAGCGCUUCCCUAGAAAAUGAAGAGGCCCAUCCUCUGAGACUGAGAGUGAGGGCUUUAACGAACCAACGACGCUAUCCCAACAAUGAGGAGGUGGUCCCUAAUGAUAAACAACAUAAACCAACCAUUCAGAGACCAGUUCACUCACUAAGGACACAGGAGAAAGACAUAGCAGCCACAGGUUUCCAGCGCUUCCUCAAUGUCCUCAACGAAGGGGUGGACAUCAACAAGCUCUCAAAGAUAGUCAAUGAUGUAAAUGAGUUACCCGUUGUGGGCGAGGAGCUACCACAAGUUUGGCCCACUCUGCUCGAGGGUAAUGUUGACUCCAGCAGUAGAUCCAAGUCUUCUCCUCCGGUUGAGGAGAAGAAGAAGGUGAGGCUUGAGGAUGAGCAGCGGUACGAGCGGAUGCAGACCCUGCUGGAGAUCGUUGGGCUGGACCUGGGGGUUGAGGAGUUGGGUCGGCUGACAGACAGGACCAAUGAUAGGCUGUACGGGAAGAUGGGAGACUUGAAAAGGAAGGAGAAUGAGAAGGGAAAGGAGAAAGAGGAGAGAGAGCCCUCAUUUAAACAUCUCAGUACUUCCUCAUUACCAUCAGACAGCGCCAGCCCUAGCCCCCUUCUAAACCAGCACUCAAACAUGACCGUUGAAUACAGCAGCUCUAGUAACAGGGUAUGGGACAUAGAUAGACACAGGGACAGAUCUGAGAGAGACAGGCACAGACACUCUAGUACCAGAGACAAGGACAGAGCGAGGGAGGAGGAUAUAGUCAGAGAAAUUGACAAAUCUGAAAGAGAUGGAGAGAGAGAUGGACACAGACACUCUAGUACCAGAGAGAGAGACAAGGACCUACCAGUAGUCAGAGAAACGAAGAGAUCAGAAAGAAAUGGAGAGAAAGGCAGAUACAGAUCUGAGAGGGACAGAUACAGAUCUGAGAGACACAGGGACAGAGACCCAGAGAAAGACCGGGACAGAUCUGAGAGAGACAGGGACAGAUACAGAUCUGAGAGAGACAGGUGGCUGCAAAGGGACAAACGUUCUAGGACCAGAGACUGGGACAGCGAGAGCAACUGGGAUAGCAACUCUAGUACUAGAGACUGGGACAUGGAGAGAUCUGAGAAGGAUAGGUAUGGGGAUGAGUCCAGGGAAAGCUCCAUUGAGCUCAACUCAUAUUCCAUGAACCCUAUAUACCCUGUUUCUCAUCCUCCUCAUGCAUCUAUGAUGGCAACCUACUCCCCCAUCCAGUACUCUCAGUAUAUGGCAUACCAGAGCAGCCCCUACACCAUCGCCUUCCCUCCAGGGUGGGGUUAUCCCCCUGGUACCAUGCCCCCUGGUACCAUGCUUCCUGGUAUUAUGCCCCCUGGUACCAUGCCACCUGGAUUCAUGCCACCUGGAAUCAUGCCCUCUGGUGCCAUACCGCCUGGUAAAAUGUCCCUCCUACCUAGCCCAUAUUACUCUAAUGGCACCACAUCCUUAAACCAGACAUACGCAUACACCCAGCCAGCUAGCAACCUCCAGCUCACAUCUACCCAGCCUGCUAGCAACCUCCAGCUCUCAUCUACCCAGCCUGCUAGCAACCUCCAGCUCUCAUCUACCCAGCCUGCUAGCAACCUCCAGCUCUCAUCUACCCAGCCUGCCAGCAACCUCCAGCUCUCAUCUACCCAGCCUGCUAGCAACCUCCAGCUCUCAUCUACCCAGCCUGCCAGCCCUGCAGCAGUCUUGCCCCUCCUACUUAACCCCCCAAUUUGUCACAAGAAACUAGCUCCUUGGUAUACAGAAAAUACCCGAGCCCUGAAGCAAGUUUGCAGAAAAUUGGAACGGAAAUGGUGCUCCACCAAAUUGGAAAGAUACACAUACAUCCAAGCCUCAAGCAACCACCAUCUCGCAUACACCCAGCCUGCUAGCAACCGCAAGGAAAAGAGACAGAAGCAUGCAGAAGCCGUAGCGAAAGUGUCCUGUCAGAUGGCGACAAAGAAGUCCCCCUCUGAACCAUGGUCCAUGAAGAAAGCAAAGGGGGGAAACAUUAUAUUCUUCACAGGUAUAUUCAUGAAGAGUUAUCACAGUCAUCUAAGGAAGUGUCAAUAUAAGUUGAAACGGCUUGCGAAGAGGAGGAAUAAGGCUCACCAGCACAAAAUAAAGCGAUUGCUUGCAGAAGCAGCAGGGAAAGUGGCCCCUCAGGUGGCUGUAAAGGAUUUCCCCUUUGAACCGGAGCCCAAGACCCAGAAGGAGUAG